AUGUGUCAAGGACAUAUGCACGAGUUCCUCCAGGCUCUGCCCAAGUGCGAGCACCACAUGCAUCUCGAAGGCUCCCUCGAACCCGCGCUCCUCUUCGACCUGGCGGUCCGGAACAACAUCUCGCUCCCCUCGGCGGAUGAAGACCCGUCAUUCACAUCCGUUGACACACUGCUCGCCCGCUACCGGCGGUUCACCUCGCUCGACGACUUCCUGCACUACUACUUCAUCGGCAUGUCCGUGCUGGUGACGGCCGCGGACUUUGAGGCCCUGGCGUACGAGUACUUUCGGCGGGCGCACGGCGACGGCGUCGUGCACGCCGAGGUGUUUUUCGACCCGCAGGCGCACACGGCGCGCGGGGUCGCGUACGCGGACGUGGUCGAGGGGUUCACGGCGGCGCAGGCCCGCGCCCGCGCCGACUUUGGCGUCACUUCGGAAUUGAUCGUGUGCGUGCUGCGGCACCUGCCCGUCGAGGACGGGGCGCGCAUGUAUCGCGACGCGAUCCCGCACCUGGAGAAGGGCGUCGUGAGGGGAUUGGGCCUGUCGUCGACCGAAAAGGGCAAACCGCCGCACUUGUUCAGAGACAUCUACGCCGACGCCGCGCGGCGCGGGUUCAACCGCACGGCCCACGCGGGCGAGGAGGCCGGCGUCGACUACAUGGCGGCGGCGCUGGAGCACCUCGCCGUGACGCGCGUCGACCACGGCAUCAAACUCCCCGAGGACGCCGACGUCAUGGCCCUCUUCGCCCGCCGCGCCGUCAUGGUCACCCUGUGCCCGCUCUCCAACGUCGAGCUGCGCUGCGUCUCGCGCGUCGCAGACCUGCCCGUCCGCACCUACCUCGACAACAACGUCCGCUUCAGUAUCAAUAGUGACGACCCGGCCUAUUUUGGCGGGUACAUCCUCGACAACCACUGCGCCGUACAAGACGCCUUUGCGCUGGAUAAGAGCGAGUGGAAAACCAUCGCCGGCAACGCCAUCGAGGGGAGCUGGUGCAGCGACGAGAGGAAAGCCGAGUUGCGCAAGUAUCUCGAAGACGUCAUGGAGAGGUUCAAGGAUUAG